UUGGGAAGGUUGUACACUUGUCCAGCCAAGCCCUAUGAACAACUGACCCUACCGUUGUUUCACACUGAUAUAUCCAUCCUCUGUUCUCCUUCCUCGUUAGCAUCGCCUCCGCUUCCUUCUGUAGAGUGGUUGACUCUUACAUACUUCUGCAUUUCUCGAUUUGUCUCGCAAGCUUCAGCUCCGCCUCAUCUCCAAAUCCCCAAAUCCGUUGCUGUGUUUGGGUUUUUGGUUGAUAUCUCUGUCGAUGGCUUCCAAUUUCAAUCUCCAUGCUGCCAAAACCGCCACUUUGUUGGGCGGCGCAUCGCCCGUCGGUAACCGCCCGCUUGUUCCCCACCAGAAGUCCGUUUCUUUCCGAUCUGGUUCGAGAUCCGGUCCCGCAUUGCUCCAUCGACUCCAGAUGCAGGGUGGUUUUAAGGUCCUCGCACAGAGCAGUGAGGUGUCUACCAUUGAAGUAACUACAAAUUCCAAACCAGUUAUAGAGGAAAAGGAUGAAGAAAUCCCCAAAAUCGAGGAGGCCAUCCCAAGUGCUUCCUCAAUUUCAGCCUUUAUGUCUCAAGCAGCCCAUCUUGUUGAGCUUGUGGACUCGAGAGAUAUUGUGGAGCUGCAGCUAAAGCAGCAUGACUAUGAGAUUAUUAUAAGGAAGAAGGAAGCAUUGCCUCAGCAGCAGCAGAUAGCAGCUUCUGCUGCUCCUGUUGUUUGGCAACAGCCAGCUGUCCAGCAGGCCCCUGUUCAGCCACAACCACCUCCUGCUCCCACUGCUCAGGCGCCGGCGGCAGCACCUGCACUCCCACCUCCUUCAAAGCCCAAGUCGUCUCAUCCUUCAUUUAAGUGCCCGAUGUCUGGAACAUUUUAUCGCUCACCUGCUCCAGGGGAAGCCCCUUUUGUGAAGGUGGGAGACAAGGUCAGUAAAGGGCAAACGCUUUGCAUCAUUGAGGCAAUGAAAUUGAUGAAUACAAUUGAGGCGGAUCACUCUGGGACUGUAGUUGAGAUACUUGUUGAAGAUGGCAAGCCUGUCGGUUUGGGCACACCUUUGUUUACCAUUGCACCAUCUUCUUAGAACAGAGCGACAUACUUCUGUUAGGGAAUCAUAGUUUGGUGGGGAAGCUCGCAUCUGAGUUUCUAAGAGGUGCUGCCCUGUACCUUCAUCGUGUGCAUGUUUGGUUACCCCCAAAACAAAACUUGAUUUGGGGGGGCACACCUAAUCAUAUUUUUAGAUUGUAUUUGAUCUUUUUUAUAAUGAGGUGCUGUUUACAUUUUUUUUGGAGCAAGUCAAGUGAUUUAUAGAUUGUUAAUGUUUAUGUUGGGAAAAAACCUCUGCUGGCAGCUAUAUGCUUAAUGAACGUAUAAACAUAUUAAGCAAUUGUGGAUUCAAUUCAUAUAUCUGCGACAAUCCCCUCUGCUGCUAAUCACAAAUUUUGUAAUUU